UUUCCUCUCAUUCUCUUCUGCUUAUCUCUUCUUCAGUUCUUCUUCUUCUUCUUCCUCUUCUUCAGCCAGUCAACCCCAAUUUUGCUCCUCCUUUAAAAACUAGAGAUCGACCUUCUCCCCGUCGUCAUCUUAUUUUCCUUCUCCCUUCCUUAGCCACGACCUCUCGCUCUUCAAGUUCAACUCCGGCGCCGUCGUCGUGCUCGUUCUCUUUGUCCUCCUUCGCCGCUGUCGCAAGUCAUGCAAUGACUGCGCCAUCAGGAACUGGAAGAACCCACGACCUUUCUUCUUUUUCCCAGCAAUCCAAAUCUCUUCUCCCUUUGAUUUUUCAAAGCCAAACACCUUUCUUUCUCUCUGUUUCAAAGAAAAAUCAAACACCUUUCUUCAUCUCUAUUUCAAAGCCAAGUACCUUUCUUUCUCUGUGUUUCAAAGCCAAAGAUCUCAAUGCAUAGAGGCUGAGAGCCCGAUGGAGAAUUGGAGAUCUGCACAUUUUUUUUCUUUCCUAAGGACGGGUUGGGCCCGAAAGCCAGAAAAUCCGGCCCGUUUAACAGCGGUCCGGGCUCAGUCCGGUCCCUAAUGUCUAAAAGUGAAGGCCCGGCCCGAAUUAGUGAUGCCGGUUCCGGUCCCGGUCCCGGUCCCUAGAAAAAGGGUGCCGGUCUGGGACCGUGCCCAGCUACUCUUUGAGAUUUCUGUUCAAUCUUCCUCUUAGAGCUGAGGUUCGUCAUCAACAUAGUGCUUUAGUCGAUUUCCCAAGUAUACACUGGAGAUAGUUUGGACUACUGACCCAUAAACACAAAAUGGAGGAGGACAUUUACUCUUCUAAACCCCUCCAUUUUUGGUGCUAGGAUAUGCGCCGUGGUUUGCUGCCUAGUUUUUGUUAAUCACAAGGAGAUGAAAAAGAUUUGAGAAGAUUUUAGAGCUUCAUCUGUCGCCGUUGAGCUUGAACCAGGUAUCCGUUUCAGUUAGCUACUAAUUAAUUGGAUCUAAUGGAUUAAUGUUUGAGAGAGCGGAAUGUAAGAAGGUGAUUGAACAAAGGAGAAGAGGACGGCUUUAAGUAUGGGUUUGUGAUUGAAAUUAUGUUCUCCCUGAUGUAAAUGUACAAUGAAUGAAUAAAACUUAACAAGCAAACAAAUUUGCAGCGUAAGAAAUUGCAUAGUUCAACCGUACUUAUUAGUGAAAUGCAAUGCAUGCAAAACAAGUGAUUUCACAACAAAAUGGUUUUUUGGUUGUUAUUUUGUUAGAAAGAUGCAAGUAUACAAGGAUCAUAUAAAGGUUUGUGUAAGGUAAAAGAAAUAAAAUGAGGCCGGCCCACAUUACAGUUUGCUAUUCCAUCCUGUAUAAAAUGCAAGCCUCCUCUUCCAAACGGACCUUUCUCUGUGAUUUAGAGUUUUCAACCGGAAGCAGAAACUGAUGGAGAAAACAAUGGUGGAGGAGAGCGAUUCCGGCGUCCUCGAGCAGCCAAAAAUCGAUCACGUCGUUGCCGUCCCUAUCCCGAUAAUGGAGAAGAUCCGAAAGAUGAUGGAGAAGAGCGAUUUCGGCGUCAUUGAUAUGGUUGUUGGGGAGCCUAUCGGCGAGCCUGCCCGCGGGCCUAUCCCGAUGAUGUCGAACAGCAGGUCUUUCCGUCCGAUCUGCAAUCAAAACCGAGCAAAGUUGGCAGAAGCUUGGCCGAUGGUCAAAUCGUCCUUGGAAGAACUCGGAUAUUCAUGCACGAUGAGUACCGUUGAUUCCACAGUCGUAGUGGUAUCACCCUGGUCUACAGCCCCAGAUAUGCGCAAGGCUGUUUAUCUUUUUAAGCUUUUGUUCAAGACUCCUGUUCCGGCACCUCUGGCACUAGAGUUGGCACUCCAUGGCAGGCAACAUGAUUUCAUCAAGAUUGGCACUCAAAAGGGUGGGCUAUGCAAAAAAUAUGGGAUCAAGAAGGAGAAAUUUGAUAAACUGCGGAUACGUCUCAAACGCUCCUUAAAGGAACUUGGUGAUAUGACCCACUGUACUCUUUUUCUGAACAAGAGCACUCUUACUGCCGUGGGUCCAUCUCCAAGAUUACACUGGGUCAGGAAGGUUUUGAAAUUCUGCACUAUUGAGAAGUUGAGUCCUGCACAUGUUAUUAGGGUUUUCAACCGGAAGCUGAAACGAAAAACAGCGAUGAUGAAGAACAGUGAUACAGUGAUGAUGGAGAAAAGCGAUUUCGGCAUCCCUGAGCAGCCAAAAUUCAAUCAGGAAGUUGGCGACCCUGUUCCGAUGUUGAACAGCAGCGGGUCUUUCCGUCCGAUCUCCAACACAAAUCGAGCAAAGUUGACAGAAGCUUGGCCGAUGGUCAAAUUGUCCUUGGAAGAACUCGGGUAUUCAUGCGCAAUGAGUACGGUUGAUUCCACAGUCUUAGUGGUACCACCCUGUUCUACAGAUCCAGAUAUCAUGCGCAAGGCUAAUUAUCUUUUCCAGCUUUUAUUCAAGACUCCUGUUCUGGCACCUCUGGCGAUAGAGUUGGCGCUCCAUGGCAGGCAACAUGAUCUCAUCAAGCUUGGCGCUCAAAAGGGUGGGAUAUGCGAAAAAUAUGGGAUCAACAAGGAGAAAUUUGAUAAACUGUGGAAACGUCUCAAACGCUCCUUAAAGGAACUUGGUGAUCUGACCCAUUGUACUCUAUUUUUGAACAAGAGCACUCUUACUGCCGUGGGUCCAUCUCCGAGAUUAUGCUGGGUCAGGAAGGUUUUGAAAAUUUGCAUUACUGAAGAGUUGAGCCCUGCACAUGUUAUUAGGGUUUUCAACCGGAAGGAGAAACGAACAACAACGAUGAUGAAGAGAAGCGAUACAAUGAUGAUGGAGAGGAGUGAUUCCGGCGUCCUUGAGCAGCCAAAAUUCAGUCAGGAAGUUAGCGGGCCUGUUCCGUUGUUGAACAGCAGGUCUUUCUGUCCGAUCUCCAAUGAAAACCAAGCAAAGUUGAGAGAAGCUUGGCCAAUGGUCAAAUCGUCCUUAGAAGAACUUGGGUAUGUAUGUGCAAUGAGUACGGUUGACUCCACAGUCUCACUGGUAUUACCCUGGCCUACAGACCCAGGUAUCAUGCACAAGGCUGAUUAUCUUUUCAAACUUUUGUUGAAGACUCCUGUUCCGGCACCGCUGGCAAUAGAGUUGGCACUCUUUGGCCGGAAACAUGAUCUCAUCAAGCUUGGCACUCAAAAGGGUGGGAUAUGCAAAAAAUAUGGGAUCAACAAGGAGAAAAUUGAUAAACUGCGGAGACGUCUCGAACACUCCUUAAAGGAACUUAGUGAUCUGACCCAUUGUACUCUUUUUCUGAACAAAAACACUCUUACUGCUGUGGGUCCAUCUCCAAGAUUACACUUGGUCAGGAGGGUUUUGGAAAUCUGUAUAAAAAGAAAGAUAAGUCCUGCAGAUGUUAUUAGCACGUUGAUAUGCAAGUAUGAUCAAAAAAUUUCAUUUGUUCGGGAUCUUGAUGUCUCUAAUGUCAAGAAGACUGGCCAUUUGAUGAACAAAGAUGGUGCAGCUGAAGUGACAUUGCCCUUUCUUGAAAGACGAGCAACAAGGAUGGAAGGAGCUUUGUCAAUGGUGGAGUCAUCUUUUGAGAAAUAUGGCAUUUCUUGCACACUGAAUCUGAUUAAGCGUACCGUGACUAUCUCAACAACUGGAGCGACCAAAGAGUACCCGGAUGCUUUUGAGAAAGCUAGGCAUCUUUUGCAACUUUUGACAACAACUAAUGUCCCGCCAUCUCGGGCUGUAGAAUUAGCGAUGAAUGGCAUGAAGCAUGAAUUCAUCGAGAUCAGGUUUCAAGAAGGUGGGCUUUGCUCAUUGUAUGGAAUCAAGAAGGAACAAUAUGUUAAACGGCAUAAAUGGCUCAUUCGUUCUGCGAAGCGGAUUCGAGAAUUCACGGGGUGUGAUAUCUACUGCACAGGAGACACUAUUACUGGUGUGAGUCCCUCUCUUGUGGGAUUGAGUAUGUUCAGGGGGAUUGUGUUGACCUGCAUUGUUGAAGAUACAGAUCCUGCACAACGUAUAAGGAAAGUUUUACGCUCAGAGUCGAAAAGGAAACUGAAGAAGAUUAUCAAGCGUUUGCUUGUCUGAACAUGUCUGGGUGUUUUAGUUCUAGCAGUGUUAUAUAUUAGCCCUAGGUCCUUGAAAGUAACAAGAAAGUAACUUGUUACUUUCACACUUGUUCACAGUUUUUUAUCAUAUGUUAGAUGCGUGUAACUAAAGCUACGGAAAGAGACGUGCACUUGAGCCUCGUGGAUUCACUCUAUGGUUUUUGUUUAGCUUAUCCUGUGACACUUGUUUCUUUUCACCUUCAA